AUGGAUAAUACCGAAAACAUAAAACUCUUUUUAAAGUCACUAGAUCUGUCAAUUUUACAGUAUGAGCCCACCUUGGAGUUAUUACUAUCGAAGUCGCUAGACGAGCAUCUCGCACAACAAGAAACUGCUAAAGACAAGAUCCAAUUUUUAAACAAUUUCCAAUAUGUGCUAGUAUCAACAAUAUUUUCAUAUCUUAAAACUAUUGGUGUAAACACUGACGAGCAUCCUAUAAAGAACGAGUUGGCACGUGUGAAGAACUUCAUGAUGCGAGCCAAAAAACUAGAUCAAAAUUUAGAUGAUGAAAUGAAGCAGAAGGAAGAAGAUGAAAAGAGAAAAGCCAAAGAGUUUAUAACGCAAACAUUGGGGAUGAAGAACGGUGCUGAAAGUACAUUGACCGACACGCGACCUGCAAUAAGCACGAAAAGCUUCCAAGGAACACAUACAAAAUUUGAUAACGAGGAAGAAACCAGGGAUGGCACGACAAGGAAAGAACAAUCAAACAAAGGUAUCACCAGUGAUAGUCUGCUGGCUGCAAAAUACACCAAAACAAAUGAUACUACAAAGACUGUAAAUAGCAAGAAGGUAUCGAAUCGAAAACCGUCGGGAACAACAAAGAGCAAAGACACCAAGAGUAAGUCGAAAACCCCUGGAAGAGUGUCUAAACCAAAGUCAAAAAAAUAA